AUGAGAUCCUUCAUCGCAGUGUUGUGCCUGGUAGCGUGCGUGGCCGGUGAAGAGAAAGUACGCGAGAAGCGCGGCUUCCUGGGCGGCCACUCGGCCAUCGGGGGCUAUUCUGGCAUCGGGGUCUAUUCGGGCAUCGGGGGAUAUUCGGGCAUCGGGGGCUAUUCUGGCAUUGGGGGCUAUUCUGGCUACUCCGCCCCCGCCGCCCGCGUCGUCUCCGUCAACAAGGUGGUGAACGUACCGAGGGUGGUGAGCGUGCCCCAGGUGGUGAGCGUGAACAGGGUGGUCUCCGUGCCCCAAGUGGUCUCCGUCAAUAGGCUGGUGGCCUCCCCCAGCUACUCCUCCGGAUACAGCAGCGGUUACAGCGGUGGUUACAGCGGUGGCUACAGCGGUGGAUACAGCGGAUACGGUGGAUACGGCGGAUACGGUGGAUACAGGGGCCAUGCCAACAGUGGCUGGUGG